GUCGAUAGUUUGAUUACAUAGUUAUACUACAGAGUAUAUGAUUUAUUUUCGUCCAAAAAAAUCAUUUCUUUUCCUUUCCUACGCUUGCUUUCUGUUAUUACUAGUUGCGUUUUGUUGUAGAAUAUUGAAAAUACAUCGCAAUUUAAUACAUUACGAGUGGGUUACUCCACUCUUCGUUGUGAAAUUAGCUGAAACGAAUCAAAAAUGGAUUCAGAUAAAUAUAUUACAAUUGUUCCUGUUGAGUAUCCUCGAAACAGGCAACAAUUCAUACGGCCUCCCGAUGAAUAUAGUGAUUUUCCUCAAAACCGGAAUUGGCCCCACACCAGAGCAGUAAGAACCGAAUCGAGUACUAUGCGUAGAAAAGAAUUGAAACGAUCGUUGGAACACAAAAGAUCUCACAAUCAUUCCCUCAAUGAUCCUAUACAAUCGUGUUCCAAGCCAAUAAUAAGUGCUCCGCUUGCAUUCCAAACAGCUCCAAAACCUAAAAAAAACCCGCUAAGUGUAUAUAUUUAUACAAUGGCUGACAUAGUCUUGCACAUGGAUAUAGAAGAUGCAAACACAACUACAGUAUCAGAUCUUGUUGAUAUUAUAAUACAGCAAAAAAAUUUAGGAUUAUCAAGAAUCGCUAAAAAUAUUUUUACAAUUUGGAUGAAAUCAAAUGUUUUAGAAAUUCAAUUAAAACCACAACACAAAUUAUUGACAGUAUUUCAAAAAUGGUCCUCACUUGAAGAAAAAUAUUGCAUUCAAACCAAAAAAAUUAUUUUCAAAGAACCAAUUUUGAGUUUUCAAAGAAAUGUGUUUUUUCCUAGAAAAGAUGAGGAAAAAAUUAAGGACCAAAAAAUUAUUGAGUUAUUAUACGCUGAAGCUAAAUAUAAUGUAUUACAAGGUCGGUAUCCUGUUGAAGUUAAUCAUUGUUUAAUGUUAGCUAGUUUGCAGUGCCGAAUAGAAUUAGGUCCAAAUAAUUUACAACAAUACACCUCAAGUUUUUUUAGAGACAACCGGGAAAGAUUUUUACCAUCCCAUUUAUACAAAAGCUGGUCAUCAUGGUUAAAUCUUGAUAGAAAAAGUACACCGCAUUCUCGGCUUGCAGAUCAUUUAAAACAUAUACAAAUAACUGGAUCUGAUCGUAGACUUUACCACAAGUAUUUAGAGUGCUGUUACAUGCUACCAUUUUAUGGGUGUGCUUUUUUCCAUGGUCAAAUAGAACAACCUGUUCGAGGUUUGAUGUCUUUAAUUAACCAUAAAGAUGUUCCUAUUUAUAUUGCAGUCAACACCGAAGGAGUUUAUAUUUUAGAUUGUGUGGAAAAUAGUUUAUUGUUGGGCCUUAAGUAUCAAGAUUUUUCAUGGGAAUUUGCUAAGCCAUCUCAAGAAGAUAAUGAUCAUUGUUUACCGUGUAUAUUUCUACAGUUUUUAGUAUUAGAAAAUGGAACAAGAGUUUCAAAAAUUUUACAAGUAUUUUCUAAACAAGCUGUUAUGAUAGAUGCUCUAAUUGCGUGUUUUGUCGAAGAUUUUAGACACAAAUUAGCUAUGAAUGAAUAUGACGAUGUAGAUAGAACUGGCGGCUUUGAACAUAUUUCUGUUGGAGAUGGAUCUCAAGUACCGUUGGCACAUUUGUUCCGUAGCGAACCACAAUCUCGAUUAUGUAAUAAACUAAAUAAGUUGACUCUGGCUACAUUUGAUGAAGAUGGUCAUUGUAUUGGACAAAUGGGAUCUUGGUCAUUCAGCUACUGAAAGUGGACACUUAAUAUAAUUUACUCUUUUUCUAUUGAUCUCUAUGCAGCCAUCCUUUAUUUAAAAUCACUUUUCUUCUGUUUCUUACCAUUGAAUACCAUUGUAUUAAUAUAUAAUAGUAUAAUACAUAUGAUUACCUUUAGCUAGUCAAUUUUGUUUAGUUAUGUUUAGUUGAAUCUUAAAUAAGUUAAUAUUUUUUAAGUAUAUACAUUUUUUAUUAGUUUUCAUUGAUCUUGUUUAUCAAGGAUUCGAUAACAAACAUUUUAAUACCUAUGUUGGACAACUCAUUAAACAUUUUUGUUUCUGAGCAUUGUAGUACAUUUCCAGCCAGAGUUUAUUUCGUCCUUAGUAUAAUAAAUACCAAAUAGUUAUUAUAAUUUUAACUAUAUUUUUUAUUAUUUUUUUUAUUUGUUAUUUUAUUAAAAUUACCAACUUUAGAGAUGUUUUCUAUUGAUGUAGUACUCAUUGACUUAUAUUGCUUACAUACUUUUCAUAAAGUUAUUAAUUAUGAUACAAAACUUUAUUUUAUUCAACAUGAGAAGCGAUCUGGGUAGUUGACUUGUGUCUAGUCUAGCGUUGUUCUGUUGUUUUGUUUAUUGGCUACUUGGAAUUAAUUAAGUAGGAAAAAUAGUUGUGAGUGACCCGUAAGAAAUUGACAAAAACCUGUCACUGCUUUGAUCGCCCUUAUGUUAAAUAAAAUAUCAUUACUAAUAUGAAUCUUACUAUUAUUCACUUUUAUAUUUGUAUUUCACAUAUCUAUAUCAAAUUGUUGAUAUAAUCUUUUCAAUUGUCAAAAUUAUUUCAUCUACAAAGUUAAUAUGAUAAGUAUUUAUAAAUUUAAUGAACGGUUUUAACUUUAAAAAUAUUCUAAUAAUUAUAUUUGUAAUUCUAAAUGUUGUAAAAUUACAUUAUUAUUAUUAUUU